AUGGGAAGUCGAGCACGAAUGUUAGUCAAACUUUGUGAGCAAGAAUGUUCAAAAUUUGAUAGUAUUGGGGACCAGUCUCUUCCUUCAAAAACUGUUAUUUCUACUAGUGCAAAUGAGAUAUUUUCUGCAGAACAAAACCAAGACGUCAGCAACAUUAUUUCAAACAUUGAUACUGCUUGCUCUAGUCAACCAUCGAUUGUGACAGAAAAUAUUAUUUCUUCUCUAAAUAAGGCGGAUCCGUCACCGAUCCUCCUAGAAAACAACGAAAACGAUAGUGAAGACGAAACUAAAGACUUUUCUCCAGACGAUAGUGGUGAUGAAUAUAAGCCAGAGAAAUCUGUACAACGCAACCGUAUUAAUUCAACGUCAUCUAGCUCAUCUUCGGGCUCUUCAUGCUCAACUUCAUCGUCUAGUUCAUCUGGUACUACUUCUAGCUCACCAUCAACAUCGAUUACUCAUGAUUCCGUCAGAAAUUCCAAUUUUAUAGAUACCAGCCAAGAUUUAGCGCUACCUUCCGAGACUGCAGUUACCAAGAGAGGCAAGAAGAGAGUUCGUAAUGAAUCUGCAUGGAUAAAAAAUGUACGAAAACGUCAGCGAAAUUCUGGAAAACAAUACGUAUCUAGAACUGGCAAAACUGUUGCAGCUAAAUCUAUUAAACCACCUUGCACAGAAAAAUGUAGGCUCAAAUGCCGUGAUAAAAUAACGGAGGAACAAAGACAGGAGAUAUUUGAGUGUUAUUGGGGCUUGGGAUCACUACAAAGACAGCGUGAUUUUUUGAACUCCUGUUUAAUAACUUUGAAAGUUCCCUACCGUCGAGUAAAAGAAGGAGUUGCCAAAGCUAGGAACCAAAAUUGUGUUUUUAAUUUCACGGUGAAUGGUGAAACUAAGCGGACGUGCAAAACUUUUUUUUUAAAUAGUUUGGGUAUAUCAGAGCGAACACUGCGAACGGUUAUUGAAGGUAAAAACAGUUCUGGUACAGGUGUGAUCCCUCAGGACAAGCGUGGCAAGCAUGCUCAUCAUAAUCAAGUAAACCCAGAAAUCAUGCAAUCCGUUCGCGAUCACAUUAAUUCCGUGCCUAGAAUUGAGAGCCACUAUACUCGGGCUAACACAACUCGUGAAUUUAUUGAUGGCGGUCUUACCGUUAAAGAGCUGCAUCGAAAUUACGUAUCUAGUAGAGGAACGAUGCCAUCGGCAACUUUUGACACGUAUUACCGAAUUUUCAACACUGAAUUUAACCUAUCAUUUUUUGUACCCAAAAAAGAUCAGUGUGAUCUAUGCGAGUCUUAUAAAAAUGCUGUCGGGAAAGACCAACUCAAAUUAAAAGAAGCUUAUGAAGAGCAUUUAAAACAAAAAGAUUUAAGUAGGAAAGAGAAAACUAAGGAUAUUGAGUUACUAAAAGAAGAUGGUAACAAUAUCGUUGCAAUAUACGAUUUACAGGCAGUUAUGCCUGUACCUAUCGGUAAUAGUUCAGCGUUUUUUUACAAAUCAAAGUUGAACUGCCUAAACUUUACGGUUACAAACUUAAAAGAUAGCGUAACAAAUUGCUAUUUCUGGCACGAGGGUCUUGGCAAUAGAGGAGCUAUAGAAAUUGGUUCUUGUGUGUUCAAAUUUCUGAAAGAGACUGCAGAGCGUCAUGCCAAUAGCAAUAUAAUAUUUUAUUCUGACAACUGCUGUGGUCAGCAAAAAAAUAGAUUCCUGCUUGGCAUGUAUUACUAUGCGGUUGAAACUCUUCCAAUAAAUUCAAUCACACAUAAAUUUUUGAUACGUGGGCACACUCAAAAUGAGGGCGACAAUGCUCAUUCGCUCAUCGAAAAGUCAAUUAAAAGAGCAAAAAAGUCAGGUCCUAUCUAUAUUCCAUACCAGUACGUGCAACUUAUACGCAACACCAAGAAAACUGGGAAUGCUUUUGUAGUAAACGAGCUUAACUAUGACGAUUUUUAUGAUUUAAAAAAGCUAUUUGAAGAUAUUACACUAAAUGUUAACAAAGAUCUGCAAGCUUACAAUUCAAAACUUACGAUUUCUGAUCAAAAAAAGCAGGAUUUGCGUACUUUGUUACAAAAAAACAUUGUUCCCAGGUGCUAUUCCGGAUUUUACGAGAGUUUGUUUUAA